AUGGCAUCUGGAUUUGGAUAUACGGGAGAACACGCUGCUUUGCUUAUUGGCAGGAUUUUCAGAAGUGCUACGCUCAAGCUGACGCCGUCGAGGACUGUUUAG